AUGAACAUUACGCUUACAGUUCCAGAAGCAGCCGCUACACCAGAUACAAUACAGUUCAAGCUGGCUCUGGAAGGAGACUUCCAGGGCGAAUUUGAAAAGGUGCUGCCUACAUCGUUCCGUACUUUUCAACAAAUAAGCUGGAUCUACCACAAACUAAAGAAAAGCUACCCGAAAAUCGUAUUACCUCCACUGCCCGACCCACCUAUUUCUUCGCUCAUUGACGACCAAGAUUAUGUGGAGAGAAAAAGACUUCAAGUGGAACGUUUUUUCGACAAGAUAAUGAGUCGCUCUGAAUUAACAAGCAACGAUGAUUUCAUUCAUUUUCUGUCUACUGACAUGUCUCCUACUGAAGUUGGACCCUCCAACACUGGCGUACUGUCGUUUUUAAAAUUCAAUAGGGUGAUCAAGCCAAGCACAGAUCGAGGCUUCAAGUCAUUUAAACCAUCCGAGGUUAUUGAUGGAAAUGAUCAAGACAUCUUUCACAAACAUCAAAUCUACAUCCUUUUGCAAGAGUCGUACUAUGGUUUCAUUGCAGAGUCGCUGAAUCAGCUUAUCCAGACGAGAGAAGGAUUAGGAGAUGUGAUGAUACACAUGGGCGAUUUGAUUAUCGAAACAACCCAAAGCAAAUACAGACUGGGAACAGGACUCAAGCUGGACUCGAGGGAGACGCAGAGAAACUUGGAUAGGAAAAUGCAAAUGUUGGGAUUGUUGAUGGAUGAAUUGGGCUUUGUGUUCACAAGGCAGGGAAAGGAGGAAUCCAUGAAAUUCGGUGAUGUGAUGAUUGAAUACAAAAACUCGCUCGACCCGUUAAAGGUCAUCUUCAACGCAAGAACAGUGAAACUAAUGGAUUAUGUGGAUCAGCUGAAAUUUCGAAACAAAAAGCGUGAUAGAUCCGAUAAAUUGAAAUUGAGGUUAGGUAUCAACCACCCGGAGGUGCGAGAAGUGAUUGCAGAGGAGAUAGAGGCUUCUGAGGAAUUGGAAAAGAAUAAGAAAGAUUUCGACGAAUAUCAAGAACAGAUCAAGAAGGAAAUCAAGCUGUUUGAGAGGCAGAAGAGCAAAGAUCUGAAAAAGUCAAUCAAGGACUAUGUGGAUCUCAGUAUUCGAUACGAGAAACUCAAGCUCAGCAAUUUGGAGAAAACGCUGCAGGAUAUGCAACAGCCUGUAGUCAAAGUACCAUUCAAUUACUCAGUAUCGCCCUCACAGUCUGUAUUUGAUUCAUCGUCGUCCUCUGUAGCAUCGUCGUCGAAAAAUGCAAGACAGCAAAAAAAGAAGCGACAACAGCAACAGCAAACACACCAAUGCAAGCACCAUAAGGAUUUGAAGAAACCCCUCAAGUCUUCUGCUUCAUUACCUACUACCCGAAAUGCAGCGACAGACACAAAUCCAGAGAAUAGCAGCAGCAAUAUGGAGGCAGUGGCCGUAGUAGGUAGUCAUGCUGCCGCAAGAGACGAUUCGGCCAAGAUAUCCUUGUCCGCCUCGUAUGAUGAUCGUCUUUCUGCCAAAAAUUGGAUGGCAGAAUAG